CUGAAAUCGAGUUUCCGUCUAACCAAUGAGUAACCCUUUGUUGAACUUGUUUGGGUGUUCAUGCAUUUUCAUAUAAAAGUCGAUCAAAAAUUUGAAUAGAUAUCAAACGGAAAACAGUACUCCAAUAAUCAACAUGAAAUUCGCCGCCGUCGUAGUCUUGUUGGCUUUGGCCUUUGGAAUUGAAGCUUCAAUUAUUCCAUUGGCACCAGCACAUGGUCCAUCUCUUACCGUCAGUGGACCAGCUCUUGUUGCUGCUGCACCAGCUUGGGGACAUGCUGCAUGGGCUCCAGCUGCUUCAUGGGCUCCUCAUAGUGCCUGGGCCGCUCCAGCUGCUGUUGCCGUUGCACCAGCCGCUAUCGCCACUCACGCCGCCAUUGCCCCUGCUGCCAUCGCCACUCAUGCCGCCAUUGCCCCUGCUGCCAUCGCCACUCACGCCGCCAUUGCACCAGCUGCUCCAUGGGGUCAUGAAGGAAGCUAUGUUGCUAAAACCCGUGGUGCCGUCCAUGUUGCUCCAUUAGCCGGACAUGCUCAUUCCGCUGCUUCCAUUAAUCUCCAACCAGCACCAGGAACUAUCUAAAUACUGACAUGGCAAUAAAUGAAAUAAAAUCUUAAUUUAUUGGAAUAA